AUGGAUACUCAAAAACACAGAAACAAGAAGAAGCUGGUCAAGUCACCUUCUCCUCCUACUGAAGAACCGGAUAAAGUUGGGAUUAAAAUCAAAACUAUAGGAGCAUAUAAGAGGUCACCUUCUCCUCCUACUGAAGAACCGGAUAAAGUUGGGAUUAAAAUCAAAACUAUAGGAGCAUAUAAGAGGUCACCUUCUCCUCCUACUGAAGAACCGGAUAAAGUUGGGAUUAAAAUCAAAACUAUAGGAGCAUAUAAGAGGUCACCUUCUCCUCCUACUGAAGAACCGGAUAAAGUUGGGAUUAAAAUCAAAACUAUAGGAGCAUAUAAGAGGUCACCUUCUCCUCCUACUGAAGAACCGGAUAAAGUUGGGAUUAAAAUCAAAACUAUAGGAGCAUAUAAGAGGUCACCUUCUCCUCCUACUGAAGAACCGGAUAAAGUUGGGAUUAAAAUCAAAACUAUAGGAGCAUAUAAGAGGUCACCUUCUCCUCCUACUGAAGAACCGGAUAAAGUUGGGAUUAAAAUCAAAACUAUAGGAGCAUAUAAGAGGUCACCUUCUCCUCCUACUGAAGAACCGGAUAAAGUUGGGAUUAAAAUCAAAACUAUAGGAGCAUAUAAGAGGUCACCUUCUCCUCCUACUGAAGAACCGGAUAAAGUUGGGAUUAAAAUCAAAACUAUAGGAGCAUAUAAGAGGUCACCUUCUCCUCCUACUGAAGAACCGGAUAAAGUUGGGAUUAAAAUCAAAACUAUAGGAGCAUAUAAGAGGUCACCUUCUCCUCCUACUGAAGAACCGGAUAAAGUUGGGAUUAAAAUCAAAACUANUAGUUAG